CUUGUUAUUUUUUAUUUAACAGUGAUAAAUAUGAAAAGAAAUUAUAAAAGCUGUCCAAAUCCAUUGUUUGAACAAUGGUUGACUGAAAUGAAAGAACAAGCAGCAGCAAAUGACAAUCCAAUUCAAUAUUCUUUUGGCAAAGCGCUUAGUUCUCUUAGAAAAUGUCCAAUAAGGUUGGAAACUGGAAAAGAUUGUUUGAUUUUGCAACAUUUUGGGAAGAAGAUCUGUGAUAUAUUAGAUAAAAAAUUAGAGACAUAUAAAAAAACAAAUAAUCUGCCAUCCACCUCUCAACCAUCAGCUAUUCAUAAUAUUCUUGGUAAUGAAGAUGAGAAUGUUGUAGGUAAACGUAGAAAGAAGAGUUUAUCUAAUGAUAAAAUGCCUGAUCAAGUUGACCUUGAUAAUGAUAAAUCAGUAUUCAAAGUGCCAAAAAAUAAGCUUUAUAUUCCUAAAGUUGGUUCUGGUGCUUAUGCCAUUUUAACUACAAUGUAUACUAAUAUGCAAAAACAUAACUACCUAGGAUACAUGUUAAAGAAAGACAUAAUUUUACAGGCUAAAAGUAAUUGUGAUUCACCAAUGAAAAGCAAUGCUUUUGAACAUUACUCAGGCUGGUCAGCAAUGUCAACACUGAUUUCCAAACAUUAUGUUAUAAAAAAGAGUAAUCCAGCUAAAUAUAGCCUUACAGAUUCAGGAGUUGCUUUAGCUCUGUCAUUGAUUGAAGGAAAAGUAUUACACCAUCAAGACUCUGACAAUGAAGAUGAAGAUGAUGAUGGUGCUAGUUAUAAAAAACAGCUGGUAAGUUGUAAAAGUAAUAAGAAGCCUAAAAGCAACUCAUCAAUCUCUGAUGAAUCUGACUCUGCUAAGGUAUCUACUUCAGACAAAGUUUUAGAAAAUCGAUUUAGUGAUUCAGAUGAUGAUGCUUUCAAGAGAAAUAAUAGGAACAAUUUUGAGACAUAUGAUGUCAAAACAAAGAAGCCUCAAUCUAUGGUACAAAACUCUGAUGAUGAGCUAGAAACAGCACUAGCAUCAUCGACUGAAACAAAAGCAUCUAAACCUCAUAAUAAUUUACUAAGUAAAACUAAAUCCAAAGUUGAUGCUAGAUCUAAAGAUGAAGUAGAAAUGGCCUUAUCAUUGUCUUUGGCUGAAAUAAAAACAAAAAAUAGGAUGGCAUACAAUGAUCAAAAUGAUCAAAAUGAAACUGAUCAAGAUGAAGAACUUAAAAAAGUGUUAGCAAUCUCAUUAAAUGAAUCAAAAAUAAAAGAUUAUAUAGAUUUGAGUGUACUGGAUGCUAAUUACUUAGUUGAGGAUAAAAAAAUAGAUGAUAUUAUUGAACAAUAUAGUGGUACUGAAAUGGAUGAAGAUAUAGCAAUUGAUCUUAUGCAUGUCAGUAUGAGAAGACUAUUUAAUGAUAGUGCAAAUAAAAAAAAGUCUAAUGCUGAUCCAGGUUUUUGUAGUGAAAAUGUGAAAGUGGAUGAAAUUAUUUGUCUUGAUGAUGAUGAGAUGGAGGAUAGAUCUGAAAAAGCACUGACAAAUAAUUUUGAAUCAAAAAUUGACAGUAACAAUGAAAAUGAUGAUAGUUACAUAGAAUUUUGUAAAGAAAAUGCAGAAUCAGGUCUACAUGUCAAAAAGAAAAGUAAACAUUUUAUCUUUACUAAUAUUGCAUCAACCGACAAUGAUCCAAUCAUCGUAGAUGCAGAGUUUGCUCAAAAAAAUGACACGACAAAUGCUGAUUUAUAUAGUUCACCUACAAAUUUUGAUAGUCCAACAAAUAGUAAUCGAAGUUUUGAAAAACAUGAUUUGUCUACUAAUGAAAUAGGAAUGUAUAACAAGGAUUUUCAGUCGGUUACUAAAAGAAAACAAAUUAGUUCUAAAAAAAAUGUUACAGAUGAAAUUGUGAUAAGUGACGACGACGAAAAGGUAAAUAAAACUGAAAUUUUUGCAAGUCCGGUAAAAACAUCUAGAAAAAUCGUUAAUCUGAACAAAGAAAAUUCUAAAGCUACAGUUAAAACUCAAGAAGAAUAUGAAUUUCCAGAAUUUAACUAUUCACCUAUUGCAUUGAAAAGUAUCAAUGUUAAUCCACUUAAGUCUUUAAAGAACGUCAGUGACAAAGGAAAUAGUAAAGCCAGUACAAAAUCUAAGGAAAUUCCAGAAGACGUACCUUCCGAAUCCUUUACUUUAUUGCCUAAUAAUUUUGAUAUUGUUUUACUUGUUGACACACAAGAAACCGGCGGAACUAAAAAGAAAUCAAUAGACGAUACAACGAUAUCAACAUUGAACGAUGUAGGAGUUUUGUAUGAAGUGAGAAAUCUAAAAGUGGGCGAUUUCACAUGGAUUGCAAGAUGUAGAUUUACGCAAAAAGAACUUAUUCUUCCAUAUAUCAUUGAGAGAAAGAGAAUAGAUGAUCUUGGCGCAAGCAUUAUAGAUGGGCGUUAUUAUGAGCAAAAGCAUCGAUUAAGGCAAUCAGAAAUAAAAAAUGUCAUUUAUUUGAUUGAACAUUUUGGAAAAACUUACCAUGGUACAUUACCAUUAACAUCUUUAUUACAAGCAGGAAUUAAUACUACAGUUCAAGAUGGCUUUAUUACUAAAUUUACAAAGGAUCACAAAGAUUCAAUCUUCUACUUGGCAGCUAUUACAAGAAAAUUAAUACGAAUGUACAAAAGUAAAAAACUGGUAAGCUGUCCUAAAAAAAACAUAGAUUCAGAUGCAGAAAUAUCUAAAAAUACAGAACAACUGAUGGAAUUCAGCGAGUUCAAUAAAGCUGCUCUCAAGACAAAGCAAUUUACCGUUCGAGAGAUGUUGAUAAAACAACUCGUCCAAUUAAAAGGAAUGUCAGCAGAAAAAGCAAUCGGUAUCACGGAAUUAUAUCCUACACCACUGAUUCUCGCGGAAGCAUUCCGAAACGGAGAUAAAAACUUGUUAGCGGAUAUUGAAGCGGGAUCAUCGAAAAGAAAAAUCGGUUCUACUAUAAGCAAUGUACUCCAUAUGUUUUACACAAGGGUAAAUCUGAACUAACGUUUGGAUUAUUU